AUGGCCUUAAUUCAUAAUCAGAAUGAUAUACAAAACAUGUUUAGUAAAGCGGGAAAGAUAACUUCAGAGAAAUAUAUAGUUUUCCAACGAAAAGAGGAGAUCAUUAACAAUAGGCCCAGGUAUUUCAAAGGGAAAUCUUAAUCGGCAGCUUCUUCAGAAGAGGUUAAUCAGUAAGUAGAUAAAAAAAUGCCAGAAAUAUCAAAUAAGAAAUCAUAAGAAUAAAUAACAGAAGCAGAAUUGAUUUAACGCAAAAAUUAAGUCAAACUUUCCUAGCCAUUCUCAAGGCAACUGUCCAGAUAAGUAGGCCAUUAUACAAAACUAAGUAAAGACAGCAAACCAUCUUGUGGAUAAUAUCAUGUUAAAUACAGUGAGCUCGAUAAGUAUUAAUUGAAAUAAUGAUUAAAAGAGCAGUUCACUCAAUUCAUGAUUAUGACAAAUCACUCAAGUAAACAAUUCCUCUAGAGGUGCCAGGAAAGCAUGGAGAGCCAGAGAAUAUUGAGUAAGUAAUGAAUAAAUACAUUUAUAGCAAACCAAUAGUAGAUAGGCCUCGAUUUUCUAGAACCUGUUUUCUUGAUUUAGUACGAUAAACUUAAAGGUAUAAAUUUAUGUGUUAUAAUUAGACCUGACAUAUUUUUUGGAAGACCAACACCGCAUCCUGAUAGAUUUACCUAUUUAAAUGUAACGGAUUCAUGGAGCAAGAUUCCUAGAACACCAUCAGUCUAAUUAGAGAAAUAAUUGUCUAGAGAUCAAAUGAUUAUUUAUAAAAAGAAAUAAUUUGCUCCUGAUUAUCAUCCAAAUUUUGAAUUUGGUAAAAAGUAUAUGAAUAAAUUAAUAAUUAGAUAAUUGGGUAGUUGUGGGGCUCCAUUUGACAAAUUAGAAUAGAGAAAGGAUAUUAUGACUAAAGUACCACCUUAUAAUCAUGAAACUUAUUUUGAAUUUGAUGUUUAUUCGAAGGAUCCAAAUAGCAAGCUUUUUAGAACUCCCACAGCUCCAAAUUUCAAAUAAAUGUUGGAUAGGGAAUAGGAUGGAAAAUCACUUUUGCCAAGCUUUAUGUAGGUAAUGAAAAUUUUUGACUUAUAAGAAAUAUUCAAAUACUCGUAUGGGCAUUACUCAUUUGCAUUAAAAAAUGUUAGAAGUGAACAACUUUAGAGAUGGAAGAUUUCAAACAGUUACUUCAAGUUUCUUACCAAGUAAAGGUUUCAAGAAAAGGCCGCAAUUGGAUGAAUCAAGUGAAGAGAUUGAACAAAUGGAAGAUUAAUGA